UUCAGGGACCAUGCUCUCGGGGAAGACGGUCAAACUCGUCUUGUAUGAGGUGCUGCAGUUUGCAGCUCUUAUCGUACCAGUCUUUGUGAUAAUGGAGAGGUUCGCCAGCCUCAUACGAGAUGUCAGAGGACGGGAUUUAACAGCGUACUGGCUUGUGGUGGCGGCUUCUAUCGCCUAUGUGACCUCUGUGACCCUGCUGGUGUGGGUACCUCUCAAAUAUAUGAUCCUGAAGCGACGGAGGUUCCUCACAGAGAUCACACAGUGGAGACCAACAGCGCUGGCGUAUCUCAUCCUGUGCACAUUACCGUGCUUUGCUAUUUUAAUCGCCAGCUCCAAGGUGCAGGUGGACAGAGGACCCAGGCUCGACCAUUUCGCUGAGUUACCUGUUUCCUUGGUGCUUUUCUCCCUCAUCUGUGUGGAUAUUAUAGAGAGGAUUCGGCCCUGCAGACUCAUUGGACCAUCAGACAGCCUGGAUCCUGACCUUGACAUGCCAGGCCCCAUCCUCACCCACCUGGAACAGGUGACCACCGUUUCAGGCCAGCUGCACCCUGAUGAAAGCCAGAAUGGUGUGACCCAAGGCCAUCCAGAGGCCAGAAAUGGCAGCGCCUCAGGCAGAUGGCAGGAUUUUGCUGGCUCACCCAGCCGCUCAACUCCAAGCUCACGAGCACCGAGCACUGCCUACCUGUACUCCUCAUCCUCACGCCCUCGGUCCUACUCUGGGCAUCUAGGCUUCCUGUGGAGGAGGGAUGGGAGGUCAGAGGUGUUUGUGGAUAGUUUUCUAUUCUGGUUAGACACUGUGGAGAUGGUGAGAGUAGCAGGAGAGCCAUCAGUCUUCUACUCGGCCUGGGUGUUCCCUGUCUACAUUCUUGGCUUCCUGUCCACUUUCCGCAUGGUCAUCACUCCUCACAACCCUUUGUUGUCUUCUGCUGGAGUUGCUCUGCAGGACCUUCCUUUCUUUAUCAUUCGGGUCGCUCUGAUUGCGGUGUUUGGUUAUGUGACACCUGUGUUAUAUCCACUGAAAAAUGUGCUGGUGAGCUUGACAUUUAUCUACUUUACAUUCCUGACCAAGCUGCGGAUAUUCAGAAGGCAGAGCAUGUUUUGAGGAGGAGUGGCAGGUUCUGUUGUUAAUGAAAGAUCUGCUUUGAUUGUGGAUGCUUGAACAGUUGGUAUAUUUAUGCGUAGGGAGAGGUGCCGCGGAAACCGUGUUGGUCCUGAUGAUGAGGGAAAGCAUGUUUUGAAUGGUAAUGUCUGCAAAUGAAUUGAAAGGCCAUUCAUCCAAAUCGAAAUGCAAAAAUGAUUAUGGCUUUAAAACAAAAAAAGCGUGGAGGCUGGCGUGUACAAUAAGCCAACUGUUCUCAUUUUGCUGUGCCAUAUUUGAAUCUAGAUGUAUUU